AUGCCUCCGCUGGAUUCCAACCGUGGGAACAACAACCCACCUCGUGAUUACAGGCGAAAAUAUGAAAGUGAGCCAGUCAGUUCAAAUGGGCCCAGAAAGCAUUCUGGCUCUAGUUACGUAGAAAGGGAUAGUCAUGGCUACCACAGAGGAAGUGGGAGUAAUGGAUAUUACCCCUCAAAGAAGGAUUUCAGACCCACCAGCAACGGCUCAAGCCAAGGGUACUCUGGUUACAAUAAUGGUUACUACGGGUCAUACAACAACAGAUACAGGGAACCCUUACCAGAGAGGAGGUCUAUUGGAGAGUCUUAUAAACCCCGUUCUAAUGAUCGCAUACCCAAGGACUCCAGAUAUAGACAACAACCGAUGAUAAGGGAUUAUCGUGAUAGCAGGCCCUACUGGAACAACAGAGCCGGCUCUACUGAGAGAAUAUCUUCAUCGGUGCCUUCGUCUUCUAGGUAUUAUAAUGAGGAUUCUGGAUAUGGUGCGUUGAAAAAGCCACAAUCUUCUUACGCUGAAAGGAAUAACAGGUCAUCAGACAGUCCCAGUUAUGGAGCUUACUCGGGCAAGUUGAACACAUUAACAAACAAGAAUUUGGAGUCACCCAUAUCCUCUGAAGUUUCUACACCAAGACUAUCUACCCGUCCAUCAUUUGCAAGCGCUUCCGAACUUGAGACCAAAGAAGAAUCGAAGGUUACUAGGAAAGAGGCGAUAAAAGAGGAACAAGAAAAGACAGUGAUACCCACAACCGAGGAAGAAACUGAAAAACCUUCUCUGGAGAAGGUUAGAUCAACAGAGCAUGCUAACGAGAAGUCACCUGUUUCCAAGGCUGUAGAAGAACCAGUAAAAAUGGAUGAAAAGGCAGAGAUCGAUAAUCCUAUUCUAGAGCAGGUUAAACUUGAGGUCAAUCCGGAUGUUAAACCUGAUAUCCCACAAACAGAUACCACCAAAGAGGAUCAAUUAAUAAAACCAUCAGAGCACAUUUGUCAGAAGACUUUGGACCAAAUAGAUAUUACUCAGCCGACGGAUACUACUUCUGCUCAAACAGAGACUCUCCAGCCCAAGGUUGAUAGCAUUACUUCCGAAUUGAAAAUCGACAUCAAGAUCGACAACACCAACAUAAACAAAGAACCUGAAACACAGCCUGAAACACUUUACCGAAUCCCCAAAAUCGAGGGAUGUAUAUUCCCAAUGAACAAACUAGAAGAUAAAUUCUGGAGCUUACAAACAAGGCCCAAAGCCAAGGUCUUAGAGCAUCAAUGGUACUUGAAUGAUAAGAAAAUUGAAAACUUUACAGAGUAUCCCUUUUAUAUUGACAACUUGCUACUUCACAUUAACGUACUCAGUCCAACUAUCGAAAAGUUUCUACAAAUUAAAGACAAAUCAGUUCUGAAGAAAAGAGCUCGAUUAACCGAGGAGUUCUUUUCAAGGGCAAGGCAAUGGCGCCAAAGACGUCAUAAGAUGGACGAACAGCUUAAUAAACUACAUUCCAAAGAAGCUGCUCCUCCUAUACAAAGAGAAGAAGAACCGGAUACAUCAAGAGAGCUGAAACCCUCGAGGAGAUCCCGUCAUGGAGAUUUUGUUGGUACAGAGGCCGAAUUCCAAGAGAUUUUAGAAAGCCUGGAGAGAGAAAAAGAAAAAGAUCCUUUGUAUGUGGCUCAAAAAGGUGCUGCAGUCAUACCUGAGAUGAUAUUGGAUCCAAUUGAAAGAGAAACGUUACGGUUCAUAAAUACAAAUAAUCUGAUAACAGAUAAAGAUCGUUGGGCCCAGAGAAUAAAGACAGACCCAAUUGAUACUUUUACUGAGAAGGAGCAUGAAAUGUUUGUGGAAGCUUAUAUUCACCAUCCUAAGAAGUUUGGACGUAUAUCUGCUGCUUUGGGUGGUUUGCGAACCCCAGAAGAAUGUGUUUUACAUUAUUACCGAACAAAGAAAACUAAAACUAAUUUCAAACAAGUAUUGGCUAGUAGGAAAAAAGGAAGAGGCAAACCUCCUCGUCGAAAUAAAGUUGUGCUUGAAAAGAAAGCAAAGACAUUUCAAGAAGAUAGUGAUGUGAAGCUAACACCUGAACCCAUGAAACGUAAAAGAAUUUCAUCAUCUGCGUCGUUGAAUGGUUCAGAGGUGAAGAAGCCUCGUGGCAACCGAGCACAAGAGCAAACAACCACUUCAGAAGAACUUCAAAGGAAGAAGCCACAUUUAUCAAGCUAUUGGAGUGUUCAAGAAGUAAAGAUGUUCAAGGUUUUGUUUGGAGAACACGGCGAGAAGUGGGAUACGAUAUCGUCCAUAAUGAAAAGCAAAUCUUCUACCAUGGUGAAAAAUUUCUAUCAGAAAAAGAUGAGAGAGGAUACCAAGAAGGACGACGAAUAUCAAACUGUUACCGAUAAUUUGGAAACUAUAGAGAAUACGAAGACACCUGAUCAAGUUGAAAUAACUACUCCCAAGGUGGAGAGCCCAGAAAAUGAAACUCCAACUUAUGAUUUGCCACACAUCAGCACAUUUUACACCGGCAACGUUGACCAAAAGAAGCAAGUGCAGGAAGCUGAAGAGACUAUUCCACAUUCAAAGGUACCUUCCAUUAUGAACUUAUUAAACGAUUGA